AUGGAUGAAGAUCUUAGCUGCAGACCGGGAGAAACAUCUGGAACCUCUGAGGCGUUGUUCUCCUUUGGAGUCAUAGCAGAUAUUCAGUAUGCUGAUCAAAAGGAUGGCUAUGAUUAUUUGGAAACCCAGCAGAGAUACUACAGGCACAGCCUGUGCCACCUCCAAAGUGCAAUUGAAGAUUGGAAUAGGGAAGAAGUUCCACCUCAGUUUGUGUUACAGCUCGGGGACAUCAUAGAUGGCUUCAACGCCCAACAUAAGACAUCAAAGAAAGCACUAAGAAGAGUCAUGAAGAAAUUUAAGAAGCUCAAGGCCCCAGUCCAUCAUAUAUGGGGCAACCACGAAUUGUAUAACUUCAGCAGAAACUAUCUAAGAGAAUCUGUGCUGAACAGCAAGCAUUUACAAGAUCAGACUUUGCCUUGCAAUUUUGCUAGAGACCAGAGUCCCACAGAAGAAGCUUCUGCAGAAUUUUAUUAUGCUUAUCAUUUUUGCCCAAAGGCUAAAUUUCGAUUCAUUCUUCUUGAUACUUAUGAUUUAAGUAUUUUGGGGAGGGAUCCCUCUACCAAAAAAUAUCAGGAUUCUCUGAGCCUCCUGCGGAAAAAGAAUCGAAACGAGAAUUUGAAUAGUCCAAUAGGCCUUGCUGAAUAUCAGUUUGUACAAUUCAAUGGAGGGUUCAGUCAAGACCAGCUGGAUUGGGUCGAUGAAGUUCUUUCAUAUUCUGACAAACAUCAAGAAAGAGUUGUGAUAGCGGGGCACAUACCUAUCCACCCUCGUUCUUCAAACGGUGUCUGCCUUGCUUGGAACUAUAAGGAUGCCCUUGCUGUCAUCCACUCGCAUCCCUCUGUGGUCUGUUUUCUUGCAGGCCACCUACAUGACGGUGGUUACUAUUUAGACUCUCACGGAGUCCAUCAUAUUACUCUUGAAGGAAUUAUCGAAACUCCUCCCGAAAGUAAUGCUUUUGGAACUGUGUCUGUCUAUGACGACAGGAUGGUAUUAAAAGGAGGAGGCAGAGUUCCAGAUCUCGUGAUGCAUUACAGAAAAGAUCACAAUGCAAUUGUGUCCUGCAAUGAUACAACUGACAGCGCUGUGCAGUAG